AUGUCCACCGACAAGCCCCUCCCCUUCGUCUACCAGUUCGCCGCAGGCGCCAUUGCCGGUGUCUCGGAGCUAACCGUUGCCAGGUACCCUUUGGACGUCGUCAAGACGCGAGUGCAACUCCAAACCGGAAAGGGCGUCGGUGCCGACCACUACAAUGGCAUGGUUGACUGCUUCCGCAAGAUCGUCCGCAACGAGGGCUUCGCGACAUUAUACCGCGGAAUCACCGCUCCCAUUCUCAUGGAGGCUCCCAAGCGUGCGACCAAGUUCGCCGCCAACGAUGAGUGGGGCAAGAUCUACCGCAACCUGUUCGGCGUCGCCAAGAUGAACCAGUCCCUCUCCAUCUUGACCGGUGCCAGCGCCGGUGCCACCGAGGCCUUCGUCGUCGUCCCCUUCGAGCUCGUCAAGAUCAGGUUACAGGACAAGGCUUCUGCCGGCAAGUACAACGGCAUGCUCGACGUCGUUCGCAAGACCGUCCAGACCGAGGGCAUCCUGGCCAUGUACAACGGCCUCGAGAGCACCAUGUGGCGCCAUGUUCUGUGGAACGCCGGCUACUUUGGCUGCAUUUUCCAGGUCCGCGAGCUGCUCCCCAAGGCCGAGAACAAGACUGCCCAGGUCACCAACGAUUUGAUGUCCGGUGCCAUCGGUGGUACCAUCGGUACAGUCAUCAACACGCCCAUGGACGUCGUCAAGUCCCGCAUCCAGAACAGCCCCAAGGUCCCCGGAUCGACGCCCAAGUACAACUGGGCCUGGCCCGCCGUCGCCACCGUCGCCAAGGAGGAGGGAUUCAGUGCGUUGUACAAGGGUUUCCUGCCCAAGGUUCUCCGUCUCGGCCCGGGAGGUGGUAUUCUGCUUGUUGUCUUCACUGGCGUCAUGGACUUCUUCCGCACUCUCAAGACCAACGCUUAA